AGGCUUCCAGCAGUGACCAAAGUCAGAAGGACCUGACUUCUGAACAUACCAGGCAGGAUGAAAGACCGGCUAAACGAGCUGCGUGAAUUUGCCAGGUUACACAACCAACAGUUUUCUGAUAGUGAGGAUGAUGAAAAUUCACCCCAAGAUGUUCUCCUUUAUGAGACUGAUUAUGCUUUGGAACUUCUUCAUAAGGACAUACAGAACAUCCGGACAGAAAAUGACCAUCUAAAAGAGGAUGUCAAGCGGCUCAGAAAGCAAAACAACCGCUUCCUUACCUCCAUGCGCCGUCUUAGUAGCAUCAAACGAGAUACUAAUUGUAUUGCCAGAGACAUCAAGGCCCGCGGAGAAAGCAUCCACAGGAAACUCCAGAUAAUGAGAGAUUUCAGCGAAGAUGCAAUAACAAAAUAUGGGGCUAUGUCUGUCAUUGCCAGGGUAGCAAAGAACCACUAUGUUGACCUUAUGCAUGCCUUUCAGGAAGCUAUGUUUGAAUACAAUGCAACAGAGAUGAACCAACGGGAGAACUGCAAGAUUCGAAUUCAGCGGCAGCUAGAGAUCAUGGGCAAAGAUGUUUCUGGCAACCAGAUUGAGGAGAUGAUUGAGCAAGGCAAGUGGGAUGUCUUCUCUGAGAAUCUCCUGUCAGAUGUUAAGGGGGCUCGCUCAGCCUUGAAUGAGAUAGAGACACGUCAUAAAGAGCUGGUGAAGUUAGAAGGUCGCAUUAAGGAAGUUCACGAGCUCUUUCUGCAGGUGGCCCUGCUAGUGGAGGAACAGGCAGACACCUUUGAUGUCAUUGAGAUAAAUAUGCAAAAUGUUGAGGACUAUGUAGGAGAAGCUAAAGAGCAAGUGAAAAAAGCUUUGGAAUACAGAAGAAAACACCCCCUCAGAACAAUCCUCUGCUGCUGCUUAUCCUGUUGCAAAAGGUGACUGUUCCACUGAAGCUAUCACAGACUGAUUUGAAUGUAUUCAAACUCAAGGCAUUCUUUCCAGUGACUUUUCUAUAAUGACAACCCCUAGAAAUGAGGGGGCCAUUUUGCAGUUGUUUUUGUUCAUUGCCUUUUUUGUAAAUGUGCUGAUGGCUGUUCUAUUUGAGAGCUCCUAGAAAUAUUAAUACAACUAUUUUUAAUGUGUUUUUAAUUGAAAUGUACUCUGUUGCUCUAACUAGAGAUGAAAGAUCUCUGCAGUGAUACUUGUUUCAGAUAGGCAAGAAAGAGGAAUAAAUAACUCAGCCUA